AAUAAUUUCUAUCGGAUUCCCAGCGAUGAUCACAACAGUUGACAAAUACCAGGGUCAACAGAAUGACUACAUACUGCUAUCGCUGGUGAGGACCAAAACUGUGGGACACAUACGCGAUGUGCGGCGCCUAGUGGUGGCCCUAUCGAGAGCCCGGUUAGGCCUCUAUGUGUUCGCUCGGGUGUCGCUCUUCCAGAACUGUUACGAACUCUCGAAUGCCUUCAAACUUGUGAUGCAAAGGCCGCGGACUCUGUGUCUCAUAGCCGUAAUCUUUCAAUAUGUUUGA